UUCAAGGAGCAAACGUGUCUGUUAGAGAAGAUACUGUUGUUUCCAGGUAAGACUAAACUAAAUCUGGUGGACUAAUCUUGGUGGAUUAUCUAUGAUAUGAACACGGGAACUGAUCAAUGGACUUUUGGAACAAGCAGCUAAAGCAAGUUACUUAAGAAAAGAAUCAAGUGUGUGUAAACCUAUAAAUAUGUGGAUAUUCAGUUCUGCAAAUCACCACAGUUCGCUCAUUUUAUUGAGUAGAAACAUGCACACAUCUGUGGCUGCCUCAUACCAUAUUACGGCCAGGGUCCUGAGCCCAGAGGACAGUAGCAUGAAACCUGCGGUGUGGAGACGCCUCAGAGGGUCAAAUAACACCUCUGUUCAACGCAAGCCUGUUGUAUCUGAAGGAAACCUACACCGUGAGAGGUCAGCCCAGAGUAAAAAUAUGAAAAAGAAGACCUCACUGUUAGAAAAAAUGAAUCAGGGGAGGGAAAAUAACUUCAGGGUAUCAUCUGAACUCAGGAAAUUGUGUCUGGAUGACUUUCCUGCAGACAGUGAGAGGCAGGUGAGACAAAAGUCAGUACUGGACUCUAAAGCGGAGACACAUGAGGUUGUUUUUGGCAUCGCUCCCUGUCUUCUGGCUCUCACUCAGGGUAGAAGGAAGGCCCUAAAAAUGUUUGUGAAAAAUGGUGAGACGUCACAGAGAGCUUCUGUGUUGAAGGUAUGCGAGGAAGCCCACCGACAAGGAGUACAUAUCAGCAGGGUCAACAAGAAAGAUCUGGAUAAGAUGUCCUCUGGGGGAGUUCACCAAGGAGUGUGUCUGCAAGCAAGUCCUCUGAGCUAUCUCACCGAAGGCCCUGCAGCCAACAGAUGCACCAGCACCCCUCUGUGGCUCGUCCUGGAGAGAAUCCAGGAUCCAAUGAAUCUUGGCGCCAUCUUACGCUCUGCUUAUUUCCUUGGUGUGGACAGAGUCAUUAGCAGUCUUCGCCACAGCUGUCCACUGUCUCCUGUGGUCAGCAAAGCCAGUUCAGGGGUUAUGGAGGUCAUGGGGGUGUAUGGGUAUGAAAACCUGGAGGAAAUGUUAAAGCUGAAGCUGACACAAGGUUGGCAGGUAGUUGGUACAGUGGGAGCAGACAUAAAGGAGCCCCAGGUUCCUGUGACCAAGUGUUCAGACUUUCAAAUGACCAAACCAACAUUACUGUUAAUGGGGGGAGAAGGGGAGGGACUAUCCCAGCAGCUGCUCUCUCUCUGCCAAACCCUACUCACCAUCCCAGCUGGCAGGGACCUGUACCCAGGCAUUGAGUCUUUAAACGUUUCUGUUGCCACAGGCAUCUUACUACACUCUCUGCUGCUCACAAGGUCUGCCAGAUGUUUAUGACUACCAUGAGUCUUUCCCUGACAAGGGAGCUGAAAAUGAAAAUUCUUAUUCUCUGAAACCACAUGUUCAUGUAUGUGAAUUCAAAUAUUCAACAAUAAACUUUAGAGAGCGCUUAAUAGGCUGAUUCUGUUCUUCAUUAUAUUUAACAAAACCCAUGAAAAUAUGAAAUAUUAGUGACAGGUCUGAAAUUGUUCCUCUCAUGGUAUUUUUUUUAAAAAUCAUGGAAUAUUAAGUACUGUGUAAGAGUCUUGGAGCCAGACUUGUAAUCUUUUAAAGUAGUCAUGAGCAAUCAUUCUCCAGCUUUCUGGAGGACUUUCAACGUUUUCCUUUUUAGCUCAGUUUAGUCCCUGCCCAUUUUCAACAGAUUUAUUCUUACUUGUUAAGCCACAUAACUCUGACCUUUGAAUCAUUCAAGAAUUAAAAAAUUCAACUAACUCAUGGGAUGAACCAAUGUAUAGACACAAAACACACAACUUAGUUGAGAGACAAUUUUAAGUUGUUUCUUUAGUUACUUUGUUACUAGCAGUCUGUCACAAAGACAGGAUUUGGCUUUAUUUCUUUGGUUGUAUCUAUGAAAAAUGCCAACGAUAAUAGAGUUUGGCAGAAAUUAAAUAGUUUUUUUCUACAAAAAUGAAAUUUCCAAAGAGCUAUUAGCUGAAUUCUUGAGGGUGGGAAAUGGGAAGAAAUAGCUGAGGUAUGCCAGACACAAGAACUGAACUACUGUCCAGUUUAUAUGUAUAGUGGGGCUCAGUGCUGUCCUACUGGGGUAAGCUGCUACUGUAGGGGAGUGUCCUUGUCAUACAGGGGUGUGCAAUUGAUGUGCAAAGAUGUUUAUGUAUGUGGCUGUAGCUAUGAUGACAUCCAUGUGAAUGUCAGGAUGCAGGUUUUUCCAACAGAGUACUACAUUUUAAGCAGACUAGCUUUUUAUUCACUUUAACUAUUUUUUUGUGUACAGUGAACCCCAAGAAGAACAGACAUUAUAUACUGGAAACACCAAAUAAACCUGCGUUGGACAAAAACCAGUGUGAAUUUCUAACA